AUGAGCGCCGCAGACACGAAAGUCGCUGCUGUAACGACCGAUGAAAACUGGAAAGCUGGCCUCGUUCUGCCCGCAAAGGAUAAGCGCUUCAAAACCGCGGAUGUCACGGAUACAAAAGGCGUCGAAUUUGAGGAUUUUUGCCUCAGUCGUGAUUUACUGAUGGGUAUCUUUGAGAAAGGUUGGGAAAAGCCGAGUCCUAUUCAGGAGGCUUCUAUCGGUGUAGCUUUGUCAGGUCAAGAUAUCCUCGCUCGUGCGAAGAAUGGAACAGGAAAGACCGGUGCGUACUGCAUACCCGUUAUUGAGAAAAUCAAUCCCGCCAUCAAAAAAAUCCAAGCGCUCGUUAUUGUUCCCACACGUGAACUUGCCCUUCAGACUUCGCAGAUUUGUGUCGAGCUUUCAAAACACAUCAAGCUAAAGAUUAUGGUUACCACUGGUGGAACAGACUUGCGUGAUGAUAUCAUGCGUUUGAAUGGGUCGGUGCACAUGGUAAUUGCAACGCCUGGACGUAUUCUCGACCUAAUGGAGAAAGGGGUAGCCGAUAUGUCGAACUGUAAAAUGCUUGUGCUAGACGAAGCUGACAAACUUCUCAGUCAGGAUUUCCAGGGAAUUCUGGAUCGUCUCAUCUCCUUUCUGCCGAAGGAGCGUCAGAUCAUGCUCUAUUCAGCUACUUUCCCAAUGACUGUUACCGAAUUUAUGCAAAAACAUAUGAGAAAACCCUACGAAAUUAACCUCAUGGAGGAGCUCACCCUCCUUGGAGUCACUCAGUAUUACGCGUAUGUACAGGAAAAACAGAAAGUUCAUUGCCUCAAUACUUUGUUCCGCAAGCUCCAAAUAAAUCAGUCAAUUAUCUUCUGCAAUUCGACACAGCGUGUGGAGCUGCUGGCGAAGAAAAUCACCGAAAUAGGAUAUUCCUGCUAUUACAUUCAUUCAAAGAUGGCACAAAAUCAUAGAAACCGCGUCUUCCACGAUUUCCGUCAGGGUAACUGUCGCAACUUGGUGUGCUCCGAUCUGCUUACUCGUGGUACAUCGGGAAGGUUUGGUCAUCUUGGUGUUGCCAUCAAUCUAAUUACAUAUGAGGAUCGCCAUACACUACGCCGUAUUGAACAGGAGUUACGUACACAAAUUGAGCCCAUACCUAAAGCCGUCGACCCGAAGUUGUACGUGGCUGAUUUCCAAAUUGUCGACGAUGAAGACAACAGGGCCAAUGCCAAUUGA